AAGCCAAACCAUUAUUGGAGCCAAGGUUGUUGUUCUUUUUUAAAAAUUUAAAAGGUUUACUUUCUUUUCUUUUUUUAUGUCCUGUGACAAUCAUUCAUUACACACCUCGAACCUUAUCAACAUCGUACUUUGGAAUGUUAACAGUUUUUAAAACUUUAUGUUUUUGUGUAAUAUUAAUCACAGUAUUGACGAACCUACCUUUUAUGUUGAUUGGCUGGUAGUUUAGUUCAAGCGUUGAUUACAGUAUAGUUAAACAAAUAUUUUUAAAGAAAGAUGGCUUACACAGGCUUACGGCAACCUCUGCUGAGCAUUCAACAACCUCUUGGUGUUAGUUUAUCACAAGGGACACAACUGGAUUUGUGUAACUUGACAGAUCUUCAGACGGAAUAUUCUCAACAAGAUACAAAUUUCUACCCUUACAACAUUCAAAACACUCUGGCAGGAACUGAUCUGACUUUUCAAAUGUCUAACACAUCCUAUGAACAAAAUAAUUUUCCUCUUCAACUCGAUUACAAAAAGUUUCCAACAAAAUUGUUUAAAAUUCAGAAGCGUACACGAGGAAAGUCCGAACAAAGAGUAAGAAAUGGUGAAUUGGAAAUUAUAUUGGAUUUUCAAGAUAUUGUAACAUAUGGACUGAUAAAAAGUAUUCAAAUUUUUGUCAAGCGUACAAACGAAGUGGUUAACACACCACAGUACGUUGGACCUGUUGAAUUACAGCCAAAAUUCCAAGUUCUCGGUCAAACAAAGUAUCUUGUUAAAGUUGAUAUAGAUUCAGUUUAUGUGGUUGAUGGUAAAAAAGUCUAUCACCUCCAAAAAACUUUGACUGAAGAACUCAACACCUUCCAUUUGAUAAUUAAUAUCACACUGCAAGAUGGUCGUUACAAAUCUGUGAAGACUAGAGAGUUUUUAUUAGUUGGAAGAGAAAAUAUUCCUGGGGAGAAACGACCAAUGGAAGGAAGAGUUCGAAAAAGUUCAGAAAGUUCAGUGGAUUCCUCCGAACCUCUUUGUAAAGCAGCAAGUCUUUCAUCUGGCUAUGGUAGUCCACAGUUAGAUGAAGAUGUAUUCCGUGCCAGAAAGAUUGUGACAAAACACAUCGAGACAAAAUCGAUUGAAGUGGGUGACAUGUUGCUUAAUAGCAUAUUACAGUCACCCAAUGGUGACAUAGCAUAUCAUUACACGUUGGAUGACCCCACCCUUGUAUUUAAAGAAGGGCAAAUAGUGGGCAUAACAUUUGAUGAGGUCGCGAAGAAACAAAAUAUAGUAAUGUUAACGUCAGAGAAUGCGUCUGAAGUUGUGUUAAAAGGUGUAAUCACACGUUCUCAAUACCUUGAAGCCAUGGUACCUCGAAAUUUUGCUAUCACUGAGACCAUCUGCAUGAUGGGAAUAGUCCCUGUGCGUGUAAGAGGAUCAGUUGAUGCAAACGAACCACUAUACGCAUCUGUUGAUUGUCCAGGAGUUGCAGUAGCAGGAGGGUACUUGAAUUACAAAGAUAUAAAGGAUGCUUCACUUGUUGGAUAUGCGUUCCAGUCCAGACAUGCCGAAAAUGAAGACGCAAUUGGCAUGGUUCAAGCUGGAGUAUCUGUGCUGAGUAGCGCUAGUCAGUUGCUUUUGAAUAAAAGAUUGAAAGACAUGGAGCAUCACUGGGAAAGAAAGAUUGCCAAGUUGAAGAAGUCAAACAGAAGAUUCAGGAGAUGUUUCGUGUCGUGUGGUUUGUUAUCAGGAAUUUUGGCAAUAUUGACGGGCAUAUUUUUAUGGCAGCUGUUAGUACCAGGAACAGCCUAUAGAUAUUACGUGUGCCGAAAAGGAUCUCUUGCUGGCAGGAUAUCCAACUUCAAAUACAAUCCAGGGAAAUACGUAUUUAAUUAUCCAACUGUUAACGGAAUCGAGUUCACAUUCCGAAGUCUGAUGAAGAAAACCAAUCACAACUACAAACCCAUGAACGGCACAGGUAUCCGAUAUUAUUUAAAUAUCGAUCGAUGCGCAUACGGUGGCGAGAGAUCAACCAGGGAUGCUACCACUGGCCAGAAACGUGUCUAUGGACCUGACGUUUACGCAGUCGAUAAAAAAUGCCACCAUGUUUAUUAUUACAGUGAAGCGCCAUCAGAAUGGUACCGCUACGAUUCUGUCUCGUGGGAAAAGUACAAGAACAUACAUUGUGUUCCCGAGUCGAAAUUUAAACUUUUCUAAAUUGUGAUAUCUUCGAUUAUAUUUUGCAUAUUUAAUAUUUUGUACAGAAAAAUUAAUUUAUUUUGUUAUAUUCCCGAUGUGGAAAAAGGUGUUCUUUUAUUACAAUUUUUAAUGACAAAUCAGUCACCCAAAAUUAAUUUUUAUAUUUUAUAUAUAUAUAUAUAUAUAUAUAAUGUCACUGAAUCGCAUAAUUAGCUACCAUUUUAGUGUCACUGCAUAAUUAACUAUCAUUGUUGAAAUCGUUAACAUUGUGAAUAAGAUGGGAAUUUACCCAGUUUUUAUUUAUUUUCUCCACUUGCUUUCACAGCUCAAAGCAAACUGAUAUCAGAUCUCAAAUGUGGUGACCGCAAAGCCAGUUAAGCAAAUAUUUCUUUACGCAAGUAUGUCGUAACAUAUCUUCCUCUUUUCUUGUUUAUUUUAUAAAUAUCAAUAUACUUGGUGUUUUAAUUUCGACAUGUAAGGGCGUCUUCUUAGGGGGUUUACCUUAUCCGGGUGGUCGGGUGUGAAAAUAUAUUUUUGUAUAUAUAUAUAUUUCAAUUCAUUAUAAAAAAAUUUUAACACCGAUUCUUAUUAUUAUUUGUAUUAUUUA